AUGGUUCGCCCGCUCUAUCCCGCGCAAGUGCAUCGCCUGACGCCCAAGCCUCAAGCUCAGCGUCACGCUUGUUCUUCGGUGCGGGCCAGCUGUGCUAGAGUGGAUUUGUUCGCCACAUUUUCAACGCUAGCGAGAUCCUCCGCAGCGAGGCCGUGCUCGGGGCUUGGUUUUUUCGCCGUGUUAUUGGCCUCGAGGCGUAUUACAACAAAGUUUUGCCAUGGUCGGAUGCUCGAUCUUCAGACCACCACAGUCACAAAUGGUGUCGGGAGGUACUGCCACCAUUUGGGCCAGCCUGUCGAGACGAGCCCGUGUGGUUUGGGGAGCCAUUCUCGGACAAAGCGAAGCCAUAUUGCACUCUGCCGCUGGUGGCGAAGUCGCCUUCAUCAGGUGUUGAGGCUUCGCACCUGCAGGCAAAGCAAGGGUCUGGUGGCACCAAAGAGAGGGGAGAUUGCGUCAUAA